GAGGGUUUGCCCGGUGGCGUGUGUUUCAAUUCUGGAGUAGCCUUUAUUUCUGCCUUCUGUCCUCCGGGGGAUUCUGGGAUUUGGAGUCCAACACAUGGAGAAGGGACUGAGUUGGAGAAGGCUGUUUUAUCCCCGGUCUUGAUAGCCGCGCAGAGAUUCCUACAAGAAGCAUAAAGCCGUAGAGCAAUCCCCUUAACGCAGGUUAAUGGAGUGCAUUCAGAGAUACUGACAUCCCUCAAAGACUGAUGCUGAAAAAGAGAGAAGAUCAUAAGAAGACCUGUGGGAGGAACUGGCCGUAACACAAGAACUGAUGGCUUUUAAGUCUCUGCUAGAGGAGGGCAUGGAGCCACAAAUAAAAAUGGAGGAACAAGAGUCGGCAAGCCCUGAACCAGGGGAAGAAAGAGAAAGGGCAGUUCUUCCAAAAACUGAGAGGAGCAGUGAGCAAGCUGAACAAAAGGUGAAAGAGGAGCCGGUGGAAGGACCGUCAGGGAACUGGGAUGCCCAGUUGCAGGAGUUUCUGAGGACCUUACAGGCUCCCUGUUCAGGAGGGGAAAACUCUCAAUUGUCUGAGCAGAGUCCAAAACUUUCUCAGGACACAGCCGAUGCCCACAAGUGGCCCAGGGGCUUAUGGGCUUCCCAGACUCUGCCAUAUCUCCCUGGGGCAGCUCAACCGGAGCUCAAGGUCCAUCUGGCUGUCCCACCUGGUGAGAAGGGGCGAGAGAGAUCGGUGGCGGCGGGUGCUGCUGCGGUGGAGGUGCAGCGUCAGCGCUUCCGGAUGUUCUGCUACCAGGAGACCGAUGGACCUCGGGAGCUUUGCCGGCAGCUCCAAGCCCUCUGCCAUCAGUGGCUGAAGCCAGAGAGGAACACCAAAGAGCAAAUGCUCGAGCUGGUGACCCUGGAGCAGUUUGUGACUGCUCUGCCCCUGGACAUGCAGAACUGGCUGCGGGAAAAUGGGCCCGAGACCUGUGCCCAGGCGGUGAGUCUGGCAGAGGGUUUCCUCCUGCGGCAGCAAGAGGCCAAAGGCUGGGGCCAGCAGAUCACAGAAAUGUCCGAAGAAGCUUCUGCAAAUCCUUCCAAUGCAGACCAGAGCCUGUGCUUUGCAGAAGCCGAGCAGCUGAGCCAUGCAAGUGGGCACCGUUUGGCAGGUAGCAAGUGGACGAGCAAAAGCGAAGAGCAGCAGCCCUUGAUGGAGACUCCUGAGCAACUGACAGCAUCAUCCAAAACUGCUAAAGAGAAUGAUUUGCUGUGUCAGGGAGAAGGUGAAGAAGAGAAGCAACAGGAGAUAGCAAAGCAAAAUGGAAACGAGAAAGAGAAGGGACUGGAUCCAUGUGUCCACUCACAAGAAGUCUCCAAAAGCAUCAGUGAAACGGCCACUGAUGAGAGCAAAAUGAAAUUUGGUGAAGGUGCGGAAAGCUCCGUCUUGGCCCUGAACGAGAUGGCUGAUGCGGAGGAGAAACCGUACAAGUGUUGGCACUGUGGCCAAAGCUUCAGUAGCAGCUCAAAUCUUGUGACACAUGAGAGAUCCCAUGUGGGUGAAAAACUGUAUAAAUGUUCCCACUGUGGAGCCAGUGAAAGGACCCACACAGGUCAGAAGCCACAUAAAUGUUCACGCUGUGGGAAUACCUUUGGAUGGAACCCUCAAGAGAGAAUCCACACCGGUGAUAAACCUUAUACAUGUUUAGAAUGUGGGAAAAGCUGCAGUCAGAGGUCAGACCUUCUCAAACACCAGAGAACUCACACAGGAGAGAAACCAUAUAAAUGCUCAGUGUGUGGGAAAAACUUCAGAAACAGUUCAGGUCUCAAAGUACACCAGAGAAUCCACACAGGUGAGAAACCAUAUAAAUGUUUGCACUGUGGGAAAUGCUUCAGCUGGAGCUCACACUUUAUAUCACAUGAGAGGAUUCAUACAGCAGUGUGCUCCUACUGUGGGAAAAGCUUCAGCCAAAAAUCGGAACUUGUUGAACAUGAGAAGACACAUGCGCCAGAGGAGUCAUUUGAAUGUUUCGCCUGUGGGAAAAUCUUUGAGGUCAGCUCUGAUUUGGUUGCACAUGUGCGAACCCACAAAGAGAAGCCCUUCGAAUGCUCAGUCUGUGGGAAAACCUUCCGGAACAGUUUGCAGCGUAUUGCACAUCAGAAGGUUCAUACAGGAGAGAAGCAGCAUAAAUGUUCCCAGUGUGGAAAAAGCUUUAGCCAGAGACAGAGUCUUAUUAUUCAUGAGAGAAUCCAUACGGGAGAAAAACCACACAAAUGUUUAGUGUGUGGGAAAAACUUUAGAAACAUUCCAAAUCUUAAAUCUCAUGAGAGGACCCACACUGGAAACAAACCAUAUAAAUGCUCCCACUGUGGGAAAAGUUUCAGCUGGAGUUCUCACCUUGUAUUACAUGAGAGAAUUCACACAGGAGAGAAGCCCUACAGAUGCUCAGACUGCGGGAGAAGCUUUGAUAGGAGGUCCAACCUUCUUGUGCAUGUGAGGAUUCACACAGGACAGAGACCGUAUAGCUGUUUGGACUGUGGGAAAAGUUUCACCUCAAGCUCUGUUCUUCUACGACAUCAGAAAAUCCACCUGGGAGAAGAAGCUUAUACAUGCUCAGAAUGUGGGAAAACCUUCAGGCAGCGAUUGGACCGAACAGAGAAGGUAUCGAAAUGUUCCGAGUGCAUCAGAAGCUGUUCCCUGAACUCGGAUCUUGUUGGACGGGCUCGGAUGCAUGCGGACGAAAAGCCCUUUGAGUGCUCAGUUUGUGGGAAAACGUUCAGGAACAGCUCUCACCUUAUUACGCAUCAGAGUGUCCACACCGGCGUUCAACCCUAUCAGUGUUUGGACUGCGGGCGAAACAUUGUGAGAAGGCCAAACCUCAUUGCUUCUGCAAGUGAACAGGCAGGGCCAAAUCUCCAUAAAUGUUCAGGCUGUGAGAAAAGGUUCAGCUAGAGCUCAUAUGGAACCUGGAAAAAGUGGAAAUAGAUUUCCUUCCCUUCGUGCUUCAUAAACAUUGGGCCUUUCCUUCUUUUAAAACAGUGAGGCACAAUCUUGUGCAUAUUUAGAAAGAAAAAGGGCCUACUGAGGGCAUGCUGGGAGUUGUAUGACCCCUUUCUGUCUAAACACACAUGGGAUGGCAUCUUAAGUCUACAAAUCAUUUACUGUCCUCUGCCAAUACCCGAAUCUGCUCCUGUCUGUAAAUCAGGGGUGUCGAAACUCACGCCUGCAAGCCAACUGGGUUUCCAGUCUGGAUCGUGGGGUUCUUGAAAUGCCAGAGGCUUUCCCCAUGACCUUUAAUUGUUUGGUGCUAUCCUGGCUUUUGCUUGUUUUUUCCUCCCUUUCUAAGAAAGUGGAAACGACUCUCCGAAGGUUUACUUACUGGUGCGUAGUAGGAGCUUUGUAAAAAUUGUCAAUAUUUUGGCUGCAUUCUUUCCCCCCAUCAGUCCCACCCAUUAUCGCUCACAUCUGCUGAGUGCAUUUCCGAAACUGAAUUCUGCCUUGGGAUGAGAGAGGUCCCACUUUUCCAAUUAAAUUUUAUUCUGUCAAGAAGGAAGUCAUAUACACAUUGUAAACUCUGGGAAUGCCUUUAUUAAGGCAACGUUAAAUGUAAUUUUAUUAGCAUUUGGAAGGAUGAAGUUAGCAAAGCUAGGGAAAUUAAGGCAAAACCUCUGUAUGGAUUCCCUUUGGGAAAUAUUAGCCACCUGAAAUGUGGUUUCUGAAAUCCCGUAAGCAUCACCUGUAAGCUUUGCAGUCAAAAGGACUAGAAGCUUGCUUAUUUCAAACACAAGGAAGAGCUGAGGCUUACAGGAAGAAUUCUGACAUUGGUAAUAGCAUCCUGCACAUUUCCAGUAUUGUGUUGUACGGAACUACAAUUCCUGUCCACCCUCCCGCCAGGCCUGGUCCUGUUCUUUUUCUUCUAUUUGUCAUCAAAUAUGCAUUUUAGCACUAACUUUGCCUUCAAGUAAGGAUGUGAUUUGUACCAUAAUCAUUAUGUUGGAAAAUUUCUAGAAAGACAGACAGACAGACCCAAACUUGGUUGGCAUGCUCUAAGGCAGGGGCUAGAAACCUCAGGCCUGGGGUCCCAAUUUAGACCCCCCAGGAUUAAUUUAGACCGCCAGGUGACUUAGUCCCUCAGGUCUGUGCUUCCCUUCCUUGGCUCAGCCUUCUUCUGCCCAAGGUUUCUUUACUUUUGUGCAAUUUUCCUCCAUUCAGAAAAGCUGAAAUUCCUCCCCUAAUGCUUAGUUACUGGCAGUAGGAAUUAUAUGCUAAAACGUGCUAGCAUAUUUUGCAUUUUAGCUGUAUACUUUUUGCUUUCAACAUCGACCCCUCUUUUGCCUUCAGCCCCACCCAGCGCUGGCAUGUGGGCCCCGAAACUGAAUUUGGCACAUGGACCAAAGUGAGAGACUUCCUACUCUGUUCUAAGGACCCUCACAUAGCCUUUCUAAAGCCAGGACCUUCCAGGUGUACAGGCGAGGUGGACUACAACUCCCAUCAUUCACACCCACCGUGCCUGGAGGUUGUCAGAGGCCAUUUUAGAAGAAACACUGGCUUUUGCGGCAGUGCCUGUUUUGGGGAUGUAGGUUUGCCUUCCAGACUGUUAUAAAUGUUUCUAGAGCCCAGGGGUAGGCAAUCUAGUAUCCUCCGCAUAAUGGCGGGAGUGCAGCUCCCUCAGCUGCUAUUCUUUAUUAUUUAUCAGAUUUCUAUCCCGCUUUUCCUUACAACAAACUUAAA